ACACAGUCGUCCUGCAUGCGCAUUUUAGCAAGCUACCGGUACAUAAUAUUGUGGAAUCGAGGCAACAAACCGUUAUUAAUAAUCGACUUAAACGUUCUUGUAGGAGGUCGUUUGACUUUAAAAGAAUAGAAAAACAUCGAGGUGUUUGGAUGUCAUCAUGGAGGUUUUGGAGAAGAAGUUGAGUAGUUUGUCCAUCGCUCGGCGAUGUUGCCCCGAGGAGCCCACCUACCUGCUCGGCAUGACCCUGCAGCCAGAAGGCGUGUUAGCAGUUUCCUGCUCCAACAUGACCAUCCAUGUGCACGACAAGGACACGCUAAAGCUGCAGGGCGAGUAUCAUGGUCACAGUGGACCUAUGUGCGGUCUCACCUUUGCUCACACCUCCCCACACCUCAUCUACUCGGCUUCUGCGGACGGUACAGUGCGGGCAUGGGAUGCUCGCCGCCCGGGGACAGCCUCCACCCAGCUGUUUAGAGGCGACUCAUCCCACAGCUUCUGCAGCUUCGACCUGAGCUGCGCUGACAUGUUGCUGUGCGCUGGCACGGAGCAGGUCAACGAGAAGGACAGUUUUCUGGUGUUCUGGGAUGCCAGGAAGCCUGGCGCAUCCCUCCUGGGCGUGUACUCUGAGUCGCACAGUGAUGACAUCACACAGGUGCGCUUCCACCCCACCGACAAGGACCGCAUGGCUUCCUGCUCCACCGAUGGUCUCGUCAACGUGUUUGACCUGAGCCGGGGGGCGGAGGAAGAGGCGCUGCUGGCGACUUGUAACAGCGACUCCUCCGCCAGUGCAGUGAGCUGGUGUGCAGAUGACUACAGCCAGCUACUGUGCCUCAGCCACGACGAGGGUCUGCACCUGUGGGAUUUAAGACAGCUGGACACGGAGCAUCCACUCACUGUCUUCAGCUGCCGUGAUGCGCGCAGCUUGGUGCUGACAGCCCCCGGGUACAGCUUGGAUUACUUGGUAGGAGGGGUGUGGCUGGAGGACGCCCACAAGCUGCUGGUGGUUGGGGGCAGCAACGCUGGCGAUGUUCACUUGAUGGAGUGUGAUGGCGAGGGGCUCCGUCUGCUCAGAAGCCUCCGUGGUGGACACGCCUCCAUUGUGCGCUGCUUCCUGUGGGACGCGUCCGGGGGUGCGCUGGUCACUGGGGGUGAGGACGCUCAGCUGUUGCUAUGGAAACCGGGAGGAGAAGAGCUGACGACAGGCAAAAAGGAGUCCAUGAAAAGUGCUUCUGCUUUGAAAGUGAAAUCGAGACCUCACAGAAAACAUUUAUACAAGAUUUUAAAAAGUACAUUUUAAUUGUGAAAGUCACUUUUUAGGACACAACUGUGGUCAAUGUCACAUUUCCACUUUGCUUUGCUGUCAUCAGCACUGACGUUUUUCCAUAGUUGAGAUAUUAUUAUAAAGUUUUGCUGCCAAAAUGAAUGACAGUGGAUCCCCUCACAUUCACGAUUCAGCAUUCACGGCCCUGCAAUUUCGCAUAUUUUUGGUCACACAAUUAUUAUUAUUAUUAUUAUUAUUAUUAUUAUUAUUGUUAUUAUUAUUAUUAUUAUUAUUAUUAUUUUUUACCCCUGUCCUGUCCAGCCUUUAAAGCAGAUAGAAUUGUAGAUGUAAAUGCCCUCAAGUGCUCAACAGAUUUACUCUGCCAGGGAGAAGUGUGAUUUACACUUCCCCUGUUAUACAGAAUUUAUUUGACUUUGAUGCUUGUUAUUAAGCAAAUUUGGAGCGACCGGACCAGAGCACGAGGGGACAGAGAAGAAGAGAAAAGAAAACGGGGGGGGGAAUAAGAGGAGGACAAAAAAAAAGGGACAAGGACAACAGCAGCGAUGACAAUUGUGACAACAAGAACAGAACAACAGAAACAUACAGAACGACAUCAGCAAAUGUCUGUGACUACUAUAAAGACCCUGAUGGAAAGGACAAAAUAAUAUCAACAACCACAAUGACAAUGCUGCAUUGAAACAGUCACACAUAUUAGUAGUAAUUAAAUGAUGAACUAUGAUAGUGAACAGAAUAACAAUAACUGUAAUGCAUAUCAUUGUAAAAAAAUAUAAUCACACUGCUGACAUCACCGUCACUGUAAUAAAACCAACAACAUAAUAACACCCUGGUUAACUCAGUGAGUAAUGUGGGGAAGUACGUAUGUACUGUGAGUGUGCAUACUGUAUGUACAGGCAUCUCUGUAUGUGGGGAAGACUUCAUAUACAUGUAUAUAAAGGUGCAAGAAUGUGUGGGCGUGUAAUUGUCACUGAGAAUGCAUGAAAGGAAAGGGGCCGCCCUCCACCUCCCAGAGAGCCCCGCCCCAAAUAGCCAGGCCGAGCCCCCGCCGCCAGAAGGCCACCAGGCCCACAGGGGCAGGCAGCACAAAGAUCAGCGCCCCAAGAGCCAGCCCAGAGAGCCCUCCCCCCCGGGAAGACCAGCAAGGGGCCGCACAGACGUAACACAACUGAACACAAAAUGCAGUUUUCAAAUGAAACUUUUUAUCAUUAAGGGAGAAAAAAAAAUCCAAACCUAAAUGGCCCUGUGUGAAAAAGUGAUUUCCCCCUAGACCUAAUAACUGGUUGGGCCACCCUUAGCAGCAACAACUGCAUUUGUGAUAACUUGCAAUGAAUCUCUUACAGCGCUGUGGAGGAAUUUUGGCCUGCUUAUCUUUGCAGAAUUGUUGUAAUUCAGCCACAUUGGAGGGUUUUCAAGCAUGAACACCUUUUUAAGGUCAUGCCACAGCAUCUCAAUAGGAUUCAGGUCAGGACUUUGACUAGGCCACUCCAAAAUCUUCAUUUUGUUUUUCUUCAGCCAUUCAGAGGUGGACUUGCUGGUGUGUUUUGGAUCAUCGUCCUGCUGCAGAACCCAAGUUGGUGUCAGCUCAAGGUCACAAACAAAUGGCUGGACAUUCUCCUUCAGGAUUUGUUGGUAGACAGCAGAAUUUAUGGUUCCAUUUAUCACAGCAAGCCCCAGACCAUCACUCUACCACCACCAUCCUUUACUCUUGGUAUGAUGUUCUUUUUCUGAAAUGCGGCAUUACUUUUAAGCCAAAUGUAAUGGGAAACACACCUUCCAAAAAGUUCAACUUUGGAGCACACUGUGUGAGGUAGUGGUUUGAGUCGAUGACCCUCUGCUCUUUAGUGGUGUGUGAGGAUUUCCAGGCUAGAGACUGCCUCUGACCAUUUUACAUGUGGCUCAAGAACACUUGAGUUAUUUCAGUAGGAUAAUAUGAAGUAAUGAAAAUGAGCGGCUUGUGAGUCAAGCUGUGUUGGUUUAGCCUACACUGAUAGAUCAGGUGUCACAGUAGGGGGUGAUGAUUAAGUGUCAA